AUGCAAGGGGGCUUUGAGCUCACAAACCCCCGCUCAAACCCCUGGGUUCUCCCGGCAGGGCGGGUAGGAGCCUCCUUCAAUUUGUCGGUCGAGCCGGCGGUGCUGGUGGUGGAACACGGCGGAUCAAUCGAGGUGAAGGUGAAGACGACGUGCCAGGAUCCCGAAGGACAAGGUGGCGUGGAGACAUCGAUUCGGAAGCAGUGGGUGUCGAAGGGGCUGAAGGUGGUGGUGAAGCUUCUCAAUGUCACCGAGUGGAACUCCAGCAUCCAAUGCUACUACACCUGCAACAAGGAGAGAAAGAUGGUGACCACCAAACUCAUCGUCUACCAUCCCCCUCCCUCAAACACCAUCUCUCCCCCAGGUUCGCUGGAGCCGGUGGUGCUGGAGCCGGUGCCACAGCUGGUGGUGGGUGAGACCCACGAGCUGGUGUGCCGUGUGAGCCGUGUCGCACCGAUCCAGAACCUGACGGUGAUCCUGUGGAGGGGCAGCGAGAAGCUGCACACCGAAACCUUUGAGCAGUACAGUGAGGAGGGACCGAUGUCGGUGCAGGUGACCCACCGGCUGAAGGCACAACAGCCAGAUGAUGGGCAGAACAUCACCUGCCAGGCGGUGCUUGACUUGACGCCCUACGGCCCACGGUUCAACACCACCUCUGACCCACAGGUGUUGACCGUCUACGAAUUCCCAGAAGAUCCCAAGCUGGAGCCUCACCUCUACCUGGAGACCGGCGAGAGGGUGAACACCAGCUGCACCGUCGGGCGCGUCUUCCCGGUGGCGCGGUUCAAGCUGGAACUCGCCAACCAGACCCUGCCGUUCUCCAUCAGCCAGGACGGGCACCGGGGCUCAGCCAGCCAGGGAGGUUCAGGCUGGUUUGCGCCGUUUCCCCGUGCCAACGCUGAACAUCAACACUACCAGCCCGGCAGCUGGCACGGCCGGGGCAGGGGUUUGCCGCCCGGCCACGCCAGUGAGCUCCAGCUGCAGAUCAUUGCUGGCCACCGUAUCCUGGCAGGGUGGGGACCGUCCCCACUGCCCUUCAGCAUGGUGGCACAUGAGGAAGAUGAUGGGAUGAUGCUGAGCUGUGACGCCAAGCUCCCUGGCACUGGCAAAGCCCCAAAGAGGAGCCCACCCAUCUGGUUCAACAUCAGGGUUGUCCCUAUCCCGGCUCUUCCCGCAGCCGCCCCCCGGAUGGACGACAGGAGCUGCCCCCCCAGCCAGAACUGGACGGAGGGGCAGGAUGAGACCCUGCGCUGCUCGGCACGGGGCAACCCCGCACCCCACUUGGAGUGCACCAAGGACGGCGAGCCCUUCCCCGCCGGGGUGCCGCACCCGGUCACCCGCACACACACCGGGGGCUGA